GUCAGACUUAUCCAAACUACCUUUACCAUUAUUUACUAUCCUUCGUAGUGUUUUGAUUUCUUUCUUCUGUGCUUGUUUUUAGGCCUACAAUGGUGAUGAUUACAACGGAGCUAGGAUUGUCAGCAGAGCUUAUGAGCUUCGAGAUGCAGUGCAUGGGAUGCUAUCACAGAUGGACCCAGCAUUAGUCUCUUUCUGUGACAAGAUUGCAGUCCAAGGGGGGCCUACCCAUUUUCCGGAUGUUACGGGAAGCUCUGGCUUCCCUAUUUCUCCCGUUGUUCAACAGGCAACUGUUACCAGAGCAAGUGCUCGACUUCGUAACGUCCAGCCUGAGGUUAAUCUAACUCAAAGUUAUGAAGUAUUAAAACGGAUGAAGAAGAAUAUUGACUUUGAGAAAGCUGCGGGUGGUAAUUCUGGUUCAACAGCAGAAGAUGAGUCACAGUCUGCAGAUCCAGGACCGUCAAAGGUAACACCUGCUCAAUCAGCCCCUUCUCAGGAACCUGAUUCAAAUGGUGUGGUCGAGGGACCAGAGAAAUCUUCGGCUGAUGUAGAACCAUUGGACACUUCCACCAAUGCUUCAAGCCAUAUCGGGGAGCGCAAAUCCCAAGAAGAUGCUGUUAUGUCGGAUGGGGAGAUUUCCAGCCAGGUUGAAUCUCUCAAGCAGUGUUUGGUUGAUCGUACUGAAGGAUACGGUGUACCAGAGCUUGAAAGCCUUUACACACGUAUGAUGAAGGGUGUAAUUGAAACCAAACUGAAAGCUGGGGAAGAGUUCAGGCCUUCAAUUUUGAGAUUUUUGUUGAGGUUUGCUGAAGACCAUGGAAAUCUCUGAUAGCAAAGCUCCAUUAAUUCUUAAAAUUUUCAUUUUUAUUGGUUUUUCCCAGAGGUUGAUCAAGCUCAUGUAUAAUAUCGGGAUUUUGGUUUUUUAUGAGAUUAGGUAUUGAGUGAUUCAGACUCUCUCUCUCUCUUUCUCACUAUUUCUAUAUGUGAGUGUGUGUGGUCUCUCUUCCUCUGUAUUUGGAGGCCUGAAAGACACGCAUAUUGUAGAAGGGAGUUCUGUGAUUGCAUGAUAAAACAAGCAAGGUGUGGGUUGAUCAUGUGAUUGUGGACACAAAUUCGGAGUUAAACAUCUGAAACUAGCACCAGCAGUUAAAAAGUGAGGCUAAUGUGUGAAUCAUUCUAUGGAAAAACUGCCAAGAAAAACUCAUUUAGCUGUAAUCUUUAUUUAUUUAUUUAUCUUUUUUUUUGUU